AGUCCGGCAGGCGCAGGGCAGGAGGAGAAGACCGCCUGGAAGCACGUGACCUGGGUCUGGCUCCGGAAGCUAGCUAUCUGGUAGGGAGCGCCCCCCACCACCUAAGGCUGCAAUGACUUCUGCACUGACCCAGGGGCUGGAGCGAAUUCCUGAUCAGCUCGGCUACCUGGUGCUGAGUGAAGGCGCUGUGCUGGCGUCAUCUGGGGAACUAGAGAAUGAUGAGCAGGCAGCCAGUGCCAUCUCUGAACUGGUCAGCACAGCCUGUAGUUUCCGGCUAAACCAUGGCAUGAACGUACCCUUCAAGCGCCUGUCGGGUGUGUCUCCCUUCCAGUGGUCUUUGGAGAACACACACUGCUGGUGACUGUGUCGGGACAGAGGGUAUUUGUGGUGAAGAGGCAGAACCGAGGCCGGGAGCCCAUUGAUGUGUGAGCCUGCCAAAGGCAAGAGGCAGAGGUGGAUUGGGUCCGUGAGCCUCUGUGAUAAGGAAGAUGCAAAACUCCUCUUCUUGGCCUGCUGCUAGAACUAAGGCUUUCUGCUUACCCUCUCCCCCUACCCCAUUACCUAGAAGGGCAGAGGCUUGAUGACUCUGUGCUGUGUUCUGGAGAGUGAGGACAAGGGGGCCUCCCUCUUUCCUAAUAAACAUAAGUCUGAUGUU